UAUGCUUUUUUGUCUAAUCCUUUCGAUCUCUAUUAUAAAAGAUAUUACCCCCGUCCUCUGCUUUCUGCUCUGCCUCCAUAUUCUACCAAAUCCCCUAUGGGCAGCUCCGGCGAGAAUAUCGAAACUCCCCUUCUUCUUCCUCUUCAUCUCCCCGAUAAUAAAAUUCCCAAAGAUUCCUUCAACUUGAUCUACAUAACUUACUUCAUUUUAGGCGUCAGUUGCCUUCUUCCGUGGAACACUUUCAUUACAGCCAUCGAUUACUUUUCUCACAUAUACCCUCAUACCCACAUCAAUCGAAUCUUCUCCGUCGUUUACAUGCCCGUCGUCGUUUCCGCCCUUCUUUCCGUCGUUUUCUUUGGCCGGCGCUGUGAUGUUCGAAUCCGAAUUAACCUUGGCUUGGGUCUCUAUGUGUUUUCUCUGCUUUUGAUGCCUCUUUUAGAAGUGUUUUACAUUAGGGGUCGUGUCGGGUUGUUCAACGGAUUCUAUGUAUCCAUUGGAGCCGUCGUGUUGUGCGCUGUGGGACAGGCUCUUGUUCAAAGCGGCGUCGUUGGAUCCGCCGGGGAAUUGCCGAAGAGAUAUAUGCAAGCUGCCGUCUCUGGCUUCGCUGGCUCUGGUGUGUUGGUGUCAAUGCUGAGGUUAGUAACGAAAGCACUGUACCCACGAGACUCCGAAGGCUUAAGGAGAAGCGCAAUUCUCUACUUUAGUGCCGUAAUUACGUUCGUAGUUGUCUCCUUUGUAUGGUACAAUUCUACCACCAAACAUCUAAUUGUGAAGCAUUACCAGAACUUAAAGAAUCAAGAGAAACAAAAGAAAGGAUCUUUAUUUGGAUCAAUAACCAAGUCAACAUUCUGGGAAAUAUAUAAAACAAUCAGAAUCUAUGCGUUUGGAGUAAUGUGUCUGUUCGUGAUAACUAUGUCAAUAUUCCCAGGCUAUGUAACGGAGGAUGUAAGUUCAAAGAUUUUGAAAGAUUGGUAUCCAAUUACAUUAAUAACUGCCUAUUAUGUGUUGGAUCUGAUUGGGAAAUCUUUGGCUUCCUUCUAUGUUAUGAAGAGUUCAAAGAUAACAAUGGGACUUUGUAUAGGGAGAGUUGUAUUUUACCCUUUGUUUGUGGGUUGUUUACAUGGUCCUAAAUUCCUUAGAACUGAGAUUCCAGUGAUCAUUUUGACUUGUUUUCUUGGACUCACCAAUGGCUAUUUGACUGCUGUUGCUAUGAUCUCUGCACCUAAAUUGGUGUCUUUUGAACAUGCUGAAGUUGCUGGGAUUUUGAUGGCUAUGUCUUUGGUUUUGGGAGUUGCCAUUGGCUCUGUUCUUGCUUGGUUUUGGGUCAUUUAACUGAAGUCUAAUUUUAAACUUGUAUACCAGUUCCGUAAAUAUGUACAUUGAAAAUAGAUUAGUGAUUCUAGUUUUGAA